AACAUUCUCCACUGAAGAAAAAGAAAAAAAAAUGACGAAAAAGAUUGUGAUUGGAAUCUCACUUUGUAACGAUAAAUGUCGAUCCAAAGCUCUCCAAAUUGUUGUCAGCAUACCAGGAGUUCAAUCGGCGGAGAUUGUGCGCGGAGGCAGGGAGCGCGUGGUGGUGGUUGGCGACGUCGACUCAGUGGAGCUGACGCGGAAGCUGAGGAAAAAGAUGGGUCAUGCUGAGCUGAUGAGUGUUACCGACACCGCCACAGCCACCGCCACCACCCAGCCGACAGCGCCGCCGCAGCCGCCGGCGACGGCGCCGCCGUAUUAUGGUACUCCACAUUAUUACAAUCUCUAUGAAGUGAGGGAGCCGGCGUGUGACACCACCCCUUGCUCUAUUCUCUAGUCCUUAAUGAAAUUGAUUUGUUUUAUGUAAAGAAAUUAAUCAAAGUUACAAUGAGGUAAGAACCAUGUGUUAAAUGGAUUAAUUUGUUAUAAUACGAGCUAUA